AUGUUAGGGCAGAGAGAGUGGCAAAACAACUUUGACGAAUUUUUGGAUGGAGUUAUUGAUGAGCACCCUAAUGAGAUAGUGCUUUGUAAUCCAAGUGUGGAGGUACAUGGUGAUUGGGAUCGGGAUGAAGUUAAAGGUGAAGACCAGACUGAUUUUCUGGACAUUUUGUUAAGGAUCCAAAAGACAAACACCACGGGGUUCCAUAUUGAUAGAACAACCAUAAAGGCAUUGACCCUGGUUAUGUUCGCGGCAGGUGAGAUAAGGAAUGUGGUUAGUGGCAGAACUCGCGUGACUGAGGAAGAUUUAAGCAGCAUGCAUUACUUGAAGGCAGUGAUCAAAGAAACUUUUAGAUUACACCCCCCUGGACCCUUGUUGAUUCCAAGGGAAUCCAUGGAAGAUGUGAAAGUGAUGGGUUAUGACAUUGCAAAGGGCACACAAGUAAUAGUGAAUGCUUGGACAAUUGGAAGAGAUGGUUGUUAUUGGGAGCAACCUCUGGAGUUCAAACCAGAGAGAUUCUUAAAUAAUUCAAUAGAUGUGAAAGGACAUGAUUUUGAAUUGAUACCAUUUGGAGCAGGAAGGAGGGGUUGUCCAGGAAUAGUAUUUGCCAUGAAUGUGAUUGAGCUGGUCCUAGCAAAGCUUAUUCACCAUUUUGAUUGGGAAGUGCCUGGUGGAGUAGUGGGUGAUCAGACACUGGACAUGACUCAAAAGGCAGGGUUAACCAUUCAUAGAAAAUUCCCUCUUGUGGCAACUGCAUCGAUCCCUACAUGUAUUAAUAAGUGA